AUGAGUGCAAGAAGAUGGGGCAGACCACCCCGAUUGGAUUUGGGAGGAAAUCAGCCUGGCCCAGCCAACCCCAAGAAGAGUUGCUCCCCCGCAAGUCCCAUCUCCCCCUCCAUCUCCGCGUCUCCAAUCCCCAAUUGGAACAGCUGCCCCUCCACCUCCGGCUCCAGUCGCGCCUAUCCUGCUCCAGUCAAGGUUGACCACCCCAAUGCCUACACAGGCAAAAUAGGGAGCAAAGCCAAGCAAUGGCUGACUUGGAUGUUAGCCUGGACCCGCCUCAAUUCGCGGAUGUUCCCCACCAAUCAAGAGGUCCUCUCCUUCCUCUUGAUGAACAUGAAGGACUCUGCCGGGGCUUGGGCCCACCCACACCUUGACCAGCUUGGAUCACACCAAGCCAUCAUCCAAACCGUUGAGGGGUUCAAACUGGAGUUCUUGGCAGCAUUUGGCAACCCUGACGCCACAAGGGCCGCCAAGCGGAAAAUCACCACCCUCACCCAGUCCAGCACAUGUGCGGACUACAUUACAAAGUUCAGGACCCUUGCAAUGGAACUGGACUGGAAUGACGCGGCCCUUAGAGGCCAGUUUGCCCAAGGCCUCCAUUGGGAGGUCAGCCGCCAAAUUGCAACAUGCAAAACUAGCCCGCGCACCCUCCUCAAGCUGCAGAAUGCAGCACUUGUCAUUGACAACGCUCUCCGCAAAGAGCAAGCUAGCCACCUGCCAAGGGAUAAUAAGCCUAGCAGACCAUCCAACCCCGCAAGGGGGACAAGUACCGGCCAACCCACAACCGGUUCAAAGAGACUCUCCAAUGACCCCAACUUUGUGUCAGAGGAAGAGCGUAACCGCCACUGCGCCACAGGCGCCUGCAUCAAAUGCGGCAAAAUGGGCCACAAGUUUGCAGAAUGCUGCACAGGCUGGAAAGCCACCCCUAUUGAGGACAAGGGGAAGGCUAAGGAAACUGCCAAAAUUGGCAAAGACUCCAAGUACCAAUUGGGAAAAGAUAACAAUAGAAUAUCCCCACUCUUCACAAUUUCAAUUAAGCCAGAGGAACAAGCGGAACAUUUAGAAGUCCUGAUAGACUCAGGCGCCACAUCUUCCUUCCUUCACCCCCGCACCACCAAGGCAUUAUGCCUACCUCUCAUAGAUCUCUCAACUCCCCAAACCGUUACCAUGCUUGAUGGGUUGAGCCCCCAGGCUGGAAAAAUCUGGAAGAAGGCCAACUUAACCUUCUCCUUUGAUGGCAAACGCAUGACUGAGACUUUCCUAAUCUGCAACACAGGGUCUCAUGCUGCUAUCUUGGGAUUGAAGUGGCUAGAUGCCCACAACCCGGAAAUUGACUGGAACCAACGCACCCUCUCCUUUCCCCAUACUGUGCUGGAACACGUGGCCAUUGCCAAAGAGGAAGAAGCUGACAAGGACCCCCUCAAGGGAGUACCCUCCAAGUACCACCAAUAUGCCAAGGUGUUUGGAGAAGAAGAGUUCAAUAAGCUUCCUCCACAUAGGCAUUACAAUAUCAGCAUUGAGCUCACAGAAGAAGGCCCCUUAAACUCUCCCCUCUAUAGUAUGACAGAUGCCAAAUCCGCUACACUUAAGGACUGGCUCAGGGACAAGUUAAAGGCCGGCAAAAUCCGCCCAAGCAAAUCUUCUAUCAGUUCACCCAUAAUGUUUGUGCCCAAAAAGGAUGGUUCCUGCCAAUUGGUUGUUGAUUACCGCCGCCUUAAUAACCAGACAAAGAAGAAUGUCUACCCUUUACCCUGCCCCAAUGACCUAAUGGCCCAGCUCCGCAGUGCCAAGGCUUUUACCAAACUAGACCUGAGGUGGGGUUACAACAAUGUCCGUGUCAGAGAAGGUGAUGAAUGGAAAACAGCUUUCCGCACCAAGUACGGCCUUUAA